AUGGUGUUUCAGAAUUUCCCAAUAGUACCGGAGACACCAGGGCCUCAGCGUGGCCCAAAGCCAUCUUCUGUCUCCUGUGACACCAUCAAAAAUGCUCGCAAAGCCGUUUCAAAGCUCCUGCAGAAACAUUCGCUUGCAGAUACUUUAAUGGAAAUUCAACGUGAGAACCUUGCAGCCCAGAAGGCUCAAAAUCAAAGCCAUAUCAACCUUGAGCUGCAUAAGCAGAUUAUUGAUGAGGUAAAGAUGGGCUUGUGGACUAUUGAACAAGCUCAGGAGAAGAUCGAGGCUAUUGAGAAUGAUGGUUCCCCUCGCCCUGCGAAACAUCAGAAAAAGGUUGUUCAGGAGUUUAGCCCAGAGGAAAUCUCCUCUGGCUCUGAAGACCAGUGA